AGGUCGGAGAGAAUGGAAGAGGGAGUCGUACGUGUGCCAGGAGCGCUGCACCUCUCGCUGUGACUGCUGCUCUUCAAGGAUUUUUUUUUCUCUCUCUCGCUCUCGUCUCUUUUAUUUACCUCCCUCUUUUCUUUUCCCCUGCAUAGCUGUGGCUUGUCUUUUUUCGUAUUUUUCCCAUUUUUUUUUUCUCCCCCCACCCCUUCCUCUCUUUUUCUCGCUCUCUCUCUCCCCUCUCUCUCUCUGUCUCUCUGUGACUCGCAACAAAAGGCUGACGGAGUGAGCCUGACAUCUGAAUGAAUAGCCCAAACCUGCCGUGAAGGGAGAGAGAAGAGGGUGACGGAGCGGGGAAAGGGAGAGGAGGCUGAGGAGAAAAAAAAGAUACAAGUGAUCUGGCUGAAGAGGCGGAAAGAGGAGAGCGCACAGAAGUGCUGAUUGCUGAAGACGAGUAGAGAUCCAAUUUUUCUUCCUCUCCCCUCCCUCUUUGGAGAUUAAAGGAGUUGGAGGCUUUGACCGCGUGGAGGAGGAGGAGGGGGGGUGACGAUCGUAGUUCUCGCUCUCCUACGUCCUCACCCACUGCCCUCCUGUGCCACCUUCCAUUCCUCCCCCUCCCGCUCACUCAUCUAGAAAAAGAGAAAUGGAGGUUCUGGGGGUGAGGUGACGAAGGAGGACAGAUUUGGAAACAAGCGGUGGGAGAGCAAGAGGAGACAAGAGGGAGGCUGGAGGGGGUGGCAGAGAGGAGAGGAUAACCCCCCCCCCCCCCAGGGCAUACUGUGUGAGAAUCCCCCUCAAACCCGACUUUUUUUCAUCCCUCUCCACUACGUUUCCUCUGCCAUGUGCAGCUCCUGAUUUGAAGAAUGUGGAGGCAGCAUUUCCCAGGUAUUCGGCCCCAGAUUAUGAAUGGGCCUAUGCACCCGCGCCCCCUGGUGGCGCUGCUGGAUGGGCGCGACUGCACCGUGGAGAUGCCCAUCCUCAAAGAUCUGGCCACCGUGGCUUUCUGCGACGCCCAGUCCACACAGGAGAUACACGAAAAGGUGCUGAACGAGGCGGUAGGGGCCAUGAUGUACCACACCAUCACCCUGACCAGAGAGGACCUGGAGAAGUUCAAGGCGCUGCGCAUCAUUAUCCGCAUCGGCAGCGGCUACGACAACAUCGACAUCAAGGCCGCCGGGGAGCUCGGCAUCGCCGUAUGUAACAUUCCCUCAGCAGCCGUAGAAGAAACGGCCGACUCAACGCUCUGUCACAUCCUCAACCUGUACCGGCGAAACACCUGGCUGUACCAGGCUCUCCGGGAGGGCACGCGGGUCCAGAGCGUGGAGCAGAUCCGGGAGGUGGCGUCGGGGGCGGCCAGGAUCCGAGGGGAGACGCUCGGCCUCAUCGGGUUCGGUCGCUCAGGCCAGGCGGUAGCGAUGCGGGCUAAGGCGUUCGGCUUCAACGUCAUCUUCUACGACCCCUACCUCCAGGACGGCCUGGAGCGCUCGCUCGGCGUCCAGCGGGUCUACACGCUCCAGGACCUGCUCUACCAGAGCGACUGCGUGUCCCUGCACUGCAACCUUAACGAACACAACCACCACCUCAUCAACGACUUCACCAUCAAACAGAUGCGUCAAGGUGCUUUCCUGGUCAACUCAGCACGAGGAGGUCUGGUGGAUGAGAAGGCUCUGGCUCAGGCCCUGAAGGAAGGCAGGAUACGGGGAGCCGCGCUGGACGUCCACGAGUCAGAGCCUUUCAGUUUUUCUUUAGGUCCUCUAAAAGACGCCCCCAACCUGAUCUGCACACCCCACACCGCCUGGUACAGCGAGCAGGCGUCACUGGAGAUGAGAGAGGCCGCCGCCACAGAAAUCCGCAGGGCCAUCACUGGCCGUAUUCCCGACAGCCUCCGAAACUGCGUCAACAAAGAGUUCUUUGUCACCUCGGCGCCCUGGGGGAUGAUGGAGCAGCAGCAGCCUCAAGUUCACCCUGAGAUCAACGGCGCCGCCUACAGAUUCCCUCCUGGCGUGGUGGGUGUCGCCCCCGGUGGGAUUCCCGGACCGAUGGAGGGGUUGGUGCCUGGGGGAGUGCCCAUCGCCCACACCCUGCCCCCCGGUACCCAUCCGUCACAGGCCACCUCCCCCAACCAACCCUCCAAACAUGGCGACCCCAUGAGAGAGCACAUGACUGAGCCGUAGGACUGCUAAAGGGGGCUAAAACCGAUGUAAACAUUAAAAAAAACAAAAAACAAAAACCCAGCAAACCUACCAACUCAACCAUCCGACUGUACGCUUUGACUUCAGCCAUCUGAACCUACCAGCAGACUGCCUGCCGGGCGGUGGUUUGUACGAAACCACUGAGCCCAACAGUGAGGACAGUGGAUGUUAAAACACACCUGAGCUGCCACACUGAGAUGGGACUGACCGUCAAACUCACGCGCCGAAGAUCUGAAACCUUUGCUCCCCCCAUAUCUGUUUCUGUUCUUCAUUGAAUUCAGUGGUAUUUUUUUGUUUCUAUCUUUAUUUUUGAGUAUAUUUCAGGGAGAAUUCCUCCUGAUUUCUGGGACACGUUGACAUUAUCCACGUGCAGGAUGGAAAUCUGACCCGACCUCCCUGGUUUGAAGGGACAGUGACUUCAAAAACAAUCCGUCCGAUUACCAUUCUUCUCCUUCAUCGUCAGUUUCACCCAUUCCAGCGCAAACGUGUCUUGUGUUAUUAUUUUUUUUUCUAUUUUUUUCUUCUUCUGUUUAUCCUAUAUUCUGUGUUUCUGUUGCAAGUGAAUAUCUGUUUUUUUCUGUUCUUCAGUGUGUGAAAAAUGAAUGGAUUUGUUGAGUCAGCUGAUGACAAACGAGCAGCAUCAGUAACCUGGACUCCACCUUUGCUCUUUUCUAAUCGUCGUGGUCGGUGGCCCCUGAAUGUAGAGACGAGAUGUUGGGGCAGAAGGUGUGGUUUACACUUCCAGGAGGAAUUUUUUGGCUUAUGAGGUUAAAAAAAAAAAAAACUGAAAAAAAAAAACCCCUGAAAAAAAAGAUCAUUUUCGACCAAAAAAAGGAUGGAAAAAGAAAAAAGAGGACAUUCACGGUUAGAUAUUGUGCGUUGAGUGUGUCACCUCAAAUUAAAUAUUGCUGUUGUAAGUUUUCCAACUCUGCUGAACUGAGGUACCUACAAUAUUUGGCCCCCAAAUAUUAUCUGUUCGCAUCCCAAAGGACCUAUAGUACAUUGCAGCACCAGCUAGCGAGGUAGGAAAGAAACAGUUGACUCAGGAAAAAAAAAAAAAAAAAAUCAAAUAUGUCCAAAUCUGAACAGAAAAGAAAGUCUGGAUUAUUGCUUUUUCAUGUCUCCACCUCUUUCUCCAUUGUGGUAUUUUUUUUUUUUAUAUAUCAAAUGUAUGUUUUUUGAUGUUUAAGGUUUUCAGUCCUGUUAGAUUUGUAUUGCCUUGUUAAAUGUUCUUAUAAUCAUAGUCUUAUGUGAACGACCCCACCCUCUCCUCCUUCUAGUACUUUUUUUUUUUUUUUUUGUUUUCCUGCUCUAAUGAAAGCCAGCUGUGGCUCUCGGAGGCAUGGUCGUCGUCGUGCCCUCUGGCGAACCGCAGCCAGCCAUCCCUUUUAGCCCCACGACGUUAGCAAGAGACGGCUGCUAGCAGAUUGUUUGGUUUUUAGUGUGAGUAUUUGUAUUUGUUUCUUGUACAAGGUGAACAUAUAGCAUACAGUGCAGCUGGAAACAAUAAAUAAAACUUACUGUUCUGAUUGAU